CAAACCCCAACUCUCGAGCGUCCGAGAAUAGCCCCAUCUCGCGCCACUCGUCUGUCCCGCCAAAGCAUUCGCGAACUAAAAGCCGACCGCCAAGCCGCCCAGACACCGACGCUGCGACGCUUGGACGCGUCGCGAUCGGCGACCGCCGCUGUCUGCUCAGUGGACCUGCGAUCUGAUUGUUCCAGAUUCCCAGCCCCUUCCGGCCCUUCGACCGUCUUGCCUUCAAAUACCUUCAAUGCUUCGUGCUGGCUGCCGUUCCUGUGUGUUACAGAGUGCUGCUGAGAGAUUUGACGGUUAUGAUUGGAUAAGUUGCCUUCCUGAUGACGUUCUCGUUGUGAUAUUGUCUUCCCUUCCUCUGAAGGAAUCUGGGCGCACGAGUGUUCUUUCAUCUCGUUGGAAGAACUUGUGGAAACAAACCUCGUGCCUCAAUUUUGAUGCCAGCAGUGCAUUGGACAAGAUUGCUCGAGAUAACAAGCUAUGCAGUGAGGAAAGGCGCAAGUAUGUAAGAUGGGUGAACUCAGUCCUGAAAUCUACACCACACAAAGGGUCGCUCACCUUAGAACACUUCAGGAUCUGUUUUGAUGUAGGAAAAGGAUCCUUUGAGACCAUUACGAAGUGGCUUAAGUUUGCUUUUAAGAGACAGGUUGAGCGGUUGGAGUUGAACCUUCUGAAAUACGGCGAUUAUCAAUCACUGGAACAGUAUGUCUUCCCUGAAUACAUCUUGUUCCAAAACAGCAUUACAUCCCUCACCAAACUACUACACUUUUCAACUUCAAUUCCCUGAAAGCGCUGUGUUUGAAGAAUGUUUAGAUCAGUAAUGAAGCUAUUGAAUUUUUCUUGCGCAACUGCACAUCAUUGGAGCAAUUAGAUUUUCAAGACAUAGAUCAAUUAUCAAAUCUUGAAGUUUGUGGUCCAUCUCUCAUGUUAAAAAGCCUGUAUGCAAGGUAUUGCUUUGGUUUGGUAUCCGUUAAGGUAUCCGCACCAAAAAUUACUUCACUUGCUAUUUGCACAACAAAAGGACUCGUGCUUGAGAAUGUUCCAAUGCUGGCCGAUUUAGAUAUUACCUGUGAGAAAGCUCACAUCCCAUUGUUAGUUCCUGCACUAUCUUGCUGCUUUUCCCAAUUGAAUAUUCUUACGUUGCGGCUGCCGGGGUAUAAGGAUCAUGAUAUUGUGAGGUUUAACUUCCCUGAGAUGCUUGAGUUGAAGAAGCUGGUUGUAGAUUUUACCGCAUCACAUGAUGGAAGUAUUCUUGGGCUAAUGACAUUCAUUAGGAUAUCUCCCAACCUAGAAGAGUUUGUGUUAAUGAUUAACUAUGGUGGGAAAAUGGCAUGGGCUAGCAGAGAAGUGAACAAGGGGACGCCAUUUCCACACCAACACCUUAAGGUAUUCCAGUACUUAGGCUAUUACGGGCGCUGCAGUGAUAUGGAAGUAGUGAUGUUCAUUUUGGAAAACUGUGUUGGGCUUCAACAAAUCAUCAUUGAUCCAGCCAUGCCGCUAGAAUGGUUGCAUACACCGCUAGAUCCCGAUGAGUUGGAACAGGAAGAAGUUUGCAGAAGUUAUGCCAAGCAACAGCUCGAACCAAUAAUCCCUCCCCACAUUACAUUUGCUAUCCGAUAGAUUCUUUUUAUUUUUUAAAAUUAUAAUGCUGCUGCUAAAUUUUCAAUUUAAUUACCUACAUUGAUUUGUAAUUUAAUAUUUAUUAAUAAAUGUCGAUAUGUUU